ACGUCGUCUCCUUUUCCCUUGUCGCUUACGCAGAGUAGUCUCGGUGUGCUCCUUUUCUCAAAUCCUCGAGCUCUUGAAAAAAUGCAAUCUACAAUUUGAAAGUAGAUGCCCAAAAUUCCCCGAUGUUAUGAUGGUCGGCCGUAGAAUCUCCCUCAAUGCACAGGUACUUUCCAAUCCCCUAUCCUUCUCUCCUCCUCUCUCAACUCCGCCCACACAAAUCACUCCACUGGAAGCCCCGCCACGAAUCCAAGCUUACCCGCCCCGAACUCCUCGACCGGAUCUCCCGCCUUCUUAUCCUUCGUCGCCACCAUGCCCUCAAGAAUCUUAAUUUCGAUUUCUCCGAUGAUCUCCUCGAUUCUGUUCUUCUCAAACUCAAACUAAACCCUAAUGCCUGCUUGACUUUCUUCAAAUUGGCCUCGAAGCAAUCCAAUUUUAGACCAAGUAUAAAGUCCUACUGCAAACUUGUUCACAUUUUGUGUCGAGUUCGAAUGUACGAUGAGACCAAAUCCUGUUUAAAUGAAUUGGUCCGUCUUUGCAAGAAUAACUACUCUUCGUUUAUUGUUUGGGAUGAGCUUGUUAGGUUUUACAAGGAGUUUGCAUUUUCCCCUACGGUUUUUGAUAUGCUAUUGAAAGUAUAUGCCGAGAAGGGAAUGACAAAGUAUGCACUCCAUGUGUUUGAUAAUAUGGGAAAGUGCGGUCUCGUACCGAGCUUGCGAUCUUGUAAUAGUUUGUUGAGUAGUUUGGUUCGAAAAGGUGAAAGUUACACUGCACUGCUUGUUUAUGACCAAGUGGAUAGGUUAGGGAUCGUGCCCGAUGUUUUUACUUCUUCUAUUAUGGUUAACGCAUACUGUAAGGAGGGAAGGGUCGGUAGAGCUAUGGAGUUUGUCAAGGAAAUGGAGAAUUUAGGAUUUGAAUUGAAUGUGGUGACUUACAAUGGCUUGAUUGAUGGGUGUGUUAGUCUCGGAGAUAUGGAACAAGCCAAAAAGGUUUUGAGAUUGAUGGGUGAAAGAGGGAUUCUGAGGAACAAGGUCACUUUUACCUUAUCGAUUAAAGGUUAUUGUAGACAACGUAAGUUGGAGGAAGCAGAGAAGGUGCUUCGAGAGAUGGAGAAAGAGGAGGGUGUGGUCUUGGAUGAAUAUGCUUAUGGUUUGUUGAUAGAUGGGUACUGUCGAGUUAGUAAAAUGGAAGAUGCUAUUAGGGUUCGAGAUGAGAUGUUAAACAUAGGAUUGAAAAUGAAUUUAUUUAUUUGCAACUCAUUGAUAAAUGGGUAUUGUAAAAAUGGUCAAGUUUGUGAGGCAGAGAGGUUGGUAACAGGUAUGGGGAUCUGGGACUUAAAGCCAGAUUCUUAUAGUUAUAGUACACUUGUGGAUGGAUACUGUAGAGAAGGUCUUACUAGUAAGGCUUUCAGCGUUUGCAAUGUAAUGCUUCAAGAGGGAAUUGAACCAAAUGUUGUUACCUAUAAUACUCUUAUCAAGGGCUUGUGUCGUGUGAGUGCCUUUGAGGAUGCUUUGCACCUUUGGCAUUUGAUGUUAAAGAGAGGUGUGGCUCCUAAUGAGGUCAGCUAUUGUACUUUGCUUGAUGGACUCUUCAAAAUGGGAGAUUUUUCAAGGGCUUUGGCCCUGUGGAAUGAUAUUCUAGCAAGGGGUUUUGGAAGAAGUACAUACGCUUUCAAUACAAUGAUUAAUGGGUUGUGUAAGAUGGAGAAAAUUGCUGAAGCAGAGGAGACUUUUAAGAGGAUGAAGGAAUUGGGUUGUAAGGCUGAUGCAAUAACAUAUAGAACUCUGAGUGAUGGGUAUUGUAGACUUGGAAAUGUUGAAGAAGCUUUUAAAGUUAAAGAGAAUAUGGAAAAAGAAGCAAUUUCUCCUUCCAUUGAAUUGUAUAAUUCUCUUAUUUGUGGACUUUUUAAGUCCAGGAAAACAAGUAAAGUGAUGGCUCUUCUUUCUGAGAUGUGCAUUAAGGGAUUGUCUCCUAAUGUUGUCACUUAUGGAGCCCUUAUUGCUGGAUGGUGUGAUGAAGACAGGUUGGAUAAGGCUUUUAGUGCCUAUUUUGAUAUGAUUGAAAAGGGGUUUGCUCCCAAUGUAAUUAUUUGCAGCAAAAUUGUCAGUAGCCUCUAUCGACUUGGAAGAAUUGAUGAAGCAAAUAUGCUAUUGCAGAAGAUGGUGGAUUUUGAUGUUUUUCUAGACCAUGGAAGUUUUGACAGGUUCCAGAAGGCAGAUGAACGAUAUCUGGACAGUCAGAAAAUUGCAGAUACUCUUGAUGAAAGUGCUAAAAGUUUUUCUCUACCCAACAGGGUGGUGUACAAUAUAGCUAUUGCAGGGCUUUGCAAGUCUGGAAAGGUUGAUGAUGCAAGAAAAUUUUUCUCAGGCUUGUUGCUAAGAGGCUUCAAUCCAGAUAAUUUCACAUACUGCACCCUGAUUCAUGGCUUUUCAGCUUCUGGUAAUGUGAAUGAAGCUUUCAUCUUAAGGGAUGAGAUGAUGAAAAGGGGUCUUACUCCAAACAUAGUUACGUACAAUGCUCUAAUGAAUGGCCUGUGUAAAUCAGGUAAUCUAGAUCGAGCACGGAGGCUUUUCAAUAAACUUCACUCCAAGGGAUUAACUCCAAAUGUUGUUACUUACAAUGUACUGAUUGAUGCAUACUGUAAAAAUGGUAACACUAGAGAAGCCUUGGAUUUGAGAGAAAAGAUGUUAAAAGAAGGGAUUUCUCCUACCAUGAUUACCUAUUCUGCCUUGAUUAAUGGUUUCUGUAAGCAAGGAGAUGUGGAAAAAUCUAUUGAGCUUUUAGAUGAAAUGACAGAGGUAUUUGUGGAUCAAAAUCCUGUGACUUUUUUCAAGUUAGUUGAGGGUUGUAUUAAAUGUGGGGAUGUGAAGAAGAUAUCCAAGCUUCACAAUAUGAUGCAAGUGACCUUUCACUCCGCCAGUGUAUUUUGUCAUAAAUUAAUGGAGUUAGAGGUGUUCUCAAAUGGCAAAGAAAUGCAGGACCUGGAUUCAUGUAUUAUGUCUGAAGCUGUGUGUUGAUGAAUGCUCUGUUAACUAAGUACUUGUUUCAAAGUUUGUUCAGUUUAGUCUAAAUUAUUUUGAUUUCAGCCAUCCCCUUGAGAAGCCCAGACUUAAUGGUGCAGGACAAUCAAUCUGUUUCAUCUUGACUUUAGCUGUCUCUGCAUGUACUGGUGUGAUUGCUCUGGAGGGCUUACUGACUUAUAUUUCAUAUAUCUGGAAGUGAAAGACUGCAAUGAUUGAGUUCAAAUUGUGGGAUUGUCAAAUUGAGUUAAUUUUUGUGUAAGAACUUUUUACCUGUCUUAUAACUGCAUCAUUAACCCAGUGCCAUUUUACUUUUCUUGUUUGCAUUAAUUGCAUAUGCUCCUGAAAUGUUGAUAACCUUCAAAGCUACAUGUGGUGUUAAUCAAAAUAGUCCCUUUUUCCCAGGUUAAGAGGACGCAUGUUAUAUAUGGCAAUAUCUUGUGGAAAUAGUGUAUCAUGCCUGAUUUGCAAUUGAAUUCAAAAGGUAGGAGACAAAUUCUCUUAUGAAACCCCACUGGUUGUGGAGGCUGCCUUUUAAAACGAGAAUUGUAUGGCAGAAGUUAAAUUUUUUUCUGUUGAAGUCCAAUUGCUAUGCAUUUCUAUGGAGGUUGGUUGGGAAAUUAGGCUCGUUCCAGAAAUUGUGUUUUAAUGGGUUUCAAAUCCUUUUGCCAUCAGCCUGCGCUGAAUGGCAUGCACCCUUCUUAAAUCUUUGCCAUGUUUAUUUAUGUGUGCCUACAUAUUCAUGCUUCUAGGCUGUUGUGUUAAAAAUAAAAUUUGAUUACUGCUUUCUGAUUUUGUUCAAUUGGCCAUGUUUAUAAUGGUUUGUAAUUUUCCUUUGUUGUCAAUUUUGAAUCUUGUUGUAGGUGCUUGUUUGGCGCUAAAAGAAAUCCACCUACAGCAUAUCACUAUAUUCAUGAUCAACAUGAUGCUGGUAUUUGACACUUGGAUGACUUUGUGAGGCCCAUGCCUGGAGAUAAAAAAAAAGAAAAGGAAAAUUGAUUCCCAUCAUCCACAUGAUAGCCUGGAUAGCCAGCCCAUUCCUAGGAUGUACAUUGACAGAUUGUACUCUUGGUAUCAGCAAUUUGGGAUUGCAAUAAUGUCAGGAUCUGCGGUUACUGUGAGAUUGACGGAUUUGGCAAAACAGUAAAGAUUCUCUAAGAAGAUUCAAGAAAGUGUUCCGAGGAAAUUAAGGGCAUCUGAGAAAAGAUUAAGCAGUCAGCUUUGGAAAGGAAUGCCAUUCUUAAAGAUAUGUGAUCACUGAUGUCCAAAGGUGUAAUCAAUGGUGAAAGGAAAGUUGCAUGGCAGGGGCACUUUUCAAUCUCUGGCAGGAUCUAAUGACCGGGGGAAGUGGAUUUGAUUUAAGUUGCACGACCCAAAGAUCAAUCUCAAGAAGUGGAGCUGAAAUCCCAAAUUCAAAAAGCAAUGAUUCAUCAGGGCUUUAAAGAAAAUGGUUCCAUAAUUGUUUUCCAGUAGCAAUGUUCAAUCAAAAGCACUGAUUGAAGAUUCACAAUUCGUUAUUGUCAGAAAGCAAGCAACCUUGAGCCAAAGUUGAAGGGUGGUGAGUGUCUUCUUUUUCUGGAAAAUGGAAAAUGCCGACGCCAAAUCAAAACCCUCAAAUUCAGGUGACCGUGGUAUAAUUCUUGCCUUUGAAUCUAUUGAAGUUUCAGAAAAAGAAUUUGUGGUGUCAUUAAAAAAUUCUGGGUAUGCAAAAUUAUUUUCCAAAACUCAAAUCUUUUGUUGCUGAGAUUCUGGGAGAUGUUCUUGAAAAAGAGAAAAAUAAAAGAGUUGUAAGCAAGUUACAGUAUUUUUGGGGCCACUAUUGUGAGUUCAGUUCUUGUGAUUUUCCAAUUCUCAUGCAAGUUAAAUGGGAGGCAUCAAGGAGGCAGAGGAAGAAAAUAUGUUCUUUGUCAAUUGAGAAGUCACAUCACAAAUGUUUUUGACAAUGCCUACAAUGAUCAAGUUACUGCAUUCAACUUCCAUUUUUGUUACAAACUUAGCUUGCACUUUUGUAGCGGUUGCCAUAAUUGUGAUGAAAUUGUACGCUGGAAUUGAAAAAGAGACCGCAGGAGAUGUUUCACAAAUGGAAUAAGUGAGAGUAAGUCCUCAAAGGUCUCUUCAAGUGUUGUCUCACCAGAAGCAUUGAAAAUUGUGCUCGACUUCAUGUACAGUGGGGAAAUCAGUUUAGAAGGUACCAGGGAUUUUGGAAUUUUGAUGAGGAGCAAGGGAGUUGAGGAGUUGCGUGGGGGGAAGAUGGUGGAUGAGUUACUGGCAAAUUCAACUCUUGACCUUAUUUUUCAAGAGAGGUUUCACUCUCUUUAUAACUUAUUGUCAUUUGUGAGAUUUCCAUUGCCAUCAUAUCAAUUGCUGAAGAAGUUGGGCCAGAGCAAACUUUGCAAGCACAUUCACACAAGAGCUGGCCAAAUUGUGUUGGGAUUUUUUUAGCAUCCAUAAUGUUGUUUUGUUACUUUCCAUUAAUCGUUCUUGAGGACAGGAACAAUCUCAAGAAGUGGGGAAUAUUAUGAUAAUAAGGAGAAUAAGAGAUGUGAGAAUGUAUAGGAGAAUAUAUUGUAUAAGUAAGAAUAGUGUUGUAACUGAUUUCAAUCAAUCAAGAAUUCAAUAAUGCAACAGUUUCUCUCUC